AUGCUGUGGCAAUUGUGCGCGGCCACGGCGGCCGUUGUCGGCGUGCUGCUUGCCUACCCGAUCGGUCAGGGCGCGGUGCCGGUAGGUUGCAACACUUGCAAUUUCGCCGUCGGGCAAUGGGGACACGCCACAUGCGGAGGCGGUUACCAAACUCGUAGCCGUACGUGCGGAUGCGGCGUUUGCCAAUGCCAAGGACCCAGCACCGAACAGGAAGCUUGUAACACACAGGCUUGCCUAGGCUGCAAUACUUGCCCCCAACCGGCCCCAGCCCCUGCCCCGGUCUGCAACACCUGCUACAAUCCGGUACCGGCCCCGAUUCCGGUUCCAGCUCCGCAACCCGCUCCGCCACUUCCAUCGCCUGCGCCGAGUCCCGUUUGCAGCAACUGCAACCCGGUUCCGGCCCCUUCACCAUGCUCAACUUGUGGCCCGCCUCAGCCCUUCUACAACCCCUACAGCAACGGGCGCAAGAAGCGCGAGCUGCUCGUCAGCCAAAUGCGUCCCAACGCCACUGUAAACCAC